AUGCAGGUGAACACAGAAGCAAGCAACACUUCGGUUAUGAGACAGCAUAAUCUCAAAAAACAAAAAGUGUGCGAGUCAGCUCUGGAGCACAAGGAGGUGGACUUGUCAUGCGACGGUUCUGGCCUUCUUGAUAUGAGGAUCUCCACGGUUCUUAAUGCCAACCCGGCCUUUGGUUCGUUGGUGGAUAUUUUGGCGCCGAACACCGACAAAGCAGUCGUGAGCGAUGCUGAUGAACAGCUCCUUAUUAAGUUGACAUUUCGCGAGCUAGUGCAUGUGAAGUCCAUCGUCAUUGGAGCUGACCAUCCCCCUCAAAGUGGUGAAGAUGAUGAGGAUGAUGCGUAUUCAGCCCCUAUGGCUGUGAAGGUAUAUGCCAAUCAGCCAGCUAUGGACUUCAACGACAUCGAAUCUGGAAGCGUGGGGAGUUCACGUUGA